AUGCGCAGUGGGUUGGCCUGCUUCCUCAGCUUGGCUGGUGUAGCCUUGACCAAUGCUGCAUUCGGUGUGGAGAAGAGACACGGCCCGGCGGUUCUCGCGGUACCAAUGGUACGCGACACUGCACCUCAGCUCUCCAGGCGAUCCAAGGGUGUCGACGUCAGUCUGAAGAAUGAGGAAGUGAACUACGUAUCAUAUGUCGCAAAUGUGACUUUCGGCACCCCACCGCAGAAUAUCCUAGCAUACUUCGACACAUGGGGUAAUGGCUGCUGGCUGUAUAGCGUGGAUAACUCCGAUUGCGAUCUCUACGUGGACCACGCUUCUUGUGGCGGAUAUGGCGCCUACAACCUUACUGCUUCAACCACCGCCAAAAGGCUUGAUGAUGAAUUCGCAUAUGAUGAUUCUGGUGCAAUGACAACUGGGGACUUCGUGACCGAUGUUCUGAAAAUUGGCGGUGUCAAGGUGGACACUAUGAAGAUGGGAAUCAUCACGGAGCCUAUCAUCACUGCUAAUACCUUGAGUCUUGGAUACGGAAAUGCAUCUUCCAUCUCCCUAACCCAGGCAUUGGCCGACGCGGGUACCAUUAACUCUCCGGCUUUCAGUCUUUGGGGCCAGACAGCUCUGUUCGGCGGCAUUAACAAGGCCAGAUACUAUGGCCCGCUCUACACUUUCCCCAUCGUGAAACGAUCAGAUCUUCCAAAAGCUCUCCGUGUCAAUAUGGAUGGCAUCUCAAUCAACAAAACAUCCGCGGCGUCUACGACGUUCCCACUAGACGCUGUCUUCGACACUGCGGUGAGUAUGAGCUACGUGCCCAAGUCCGUCGCUCAGGCCCUGAAUGCCCAAAUUGGCAACACCUCUGUGCCGGAUGAGCACGGACAAGUCAACUUCUCCUGCAGUGCAAUGGGUGAGAACUCGACGAUAGAGUUCAAGUUCGGGAAAUUGGAAUUCCAAUUCUACCUCAGCCAGUUCGUUAGCCAACAAAGUGAUAUCGCGACGAAUGAUGGGUGGUAUUCUGAUGAGGAAACGUGUUAUUUCACGAUCUGUGAGAACGUUCACCUUCAAUAUGAGGGAAGCAUCGUCUUGGGUUCCAAUUUCAUGAGCACAGUUUAUGCAGUUUUUGAUCUUGAGAACGAUGAGAUCUCAUUGGCGAACCUCAACUGGUGGGAGCACAACCCGGACGAUAUUGUUGAGAUUACGUCGGGCAAGAAUGGUGUACCUGGGGCGAAGAGUGGUGCGUCUGAAUCGAAGAGUGGUACAUCUGGGGCGGAAAAUGGUACUCCUGGGGCGACGAAGGCUUCAGCUGGUACGCACAUCGAAAAGGGCCUGGGAAUGAUGGCUGUCCUGGUCGGUGCUGUGGUGAUGCUGAAUUUGUGA